AUGAAUCAAUUAGAUGCAACAGCGGGUAUCGAUAGUCUUGUUAAACAUACAGCGGAUAUGGUCGAUUUGACGUUAACAUCGAGUAGUUCUCAUCGACGACACAUUGAAUAUUUACCAUAUCCAGAUGAAAAUUUCGUUGAAAAUCUCGACGAAUUGUGUCAAAAUGAUGAAUGUCCAUUAGAAUUAAUUUAUUCAAGACGUAACAAAACAUUUGUACGUGGAAUUCCUGUUGAAGUAACAAAGAUCACAGCCGAACGAAUUUAUAAUCCUGUUACUGAAUUUCUUUAUCCAUAUUUAUAUACAAUAACAAUUCGUCAUGGACCAAAAUUUGAAUGGACAAUUCAAAAACGUUAUAAACAUUUUCAUGAUCUUCAUAAAUCUCUUGUUCGUUAUGUUGAAACUGAAACUGGACAUUCGAUGAGUAGUUUAAAUAAAAGUCAUGUAUCAGAAACAACGAAGAAUAAUGAUGAUCAACCAGCUUUUCCAACUCGAAAUGAUCGAAUUGCUUUUAUUGAUCAAUAUUCAAUCGAAACUCGUUGUAAAUCUUUACAAGACUAUUUAAACAAAGUUUUAAAACAUCCUAAACUUCGUGAACACAUAGCUGUGAGAGAAUUUCUCGAAGUAAGUCCAUUGUCAUUUGUACAUGGUUUGGGAACAAGUGUGAAAGAAGGUGCAAUAGCGAAACGUUCGAAUGAUGAUUUUCGCGGUCGUUCAAUAUUUCUUCGAAUGCCAUUUAUGUGUGAUAAAUGCAAAUUUCAUCAUGGACAAAAAUGGUUCGUUUUAAAAGAUUCAUAUUUUGUUUAUAUGAAUCCUGAUUCUGCAUUGAUUGGCUUCCCAAUGCUUAUCGAUCGAGGAUUUACACUUCAACAAGGUUUUCGAAAAACAGGAACAAAUAAUGGAAUUCGAAUAAAAAAUUUACAACGUUCAAUGAUCAUUAAAUUUGAAAAAGAAGACGAAAGAGACUUUUGGUUCGAUGCUUUGAAUAAAGUAAAGAAUAAAUGUCUUCUCUUCGAACCACAUUUAUUCGAUUCAUUUGCACCGCAAAGACAACAACAAUUUGCUCAAUGGUUUAUCAAUGGACAAUCUUAUAUGGAAGCGGUUGCAAAAGGAAUUUUAGCAGCAAAAGAAGAAAUUUUUAUUACUGAUUGGUGGUUAUCACCAGAAAUUAUGUUAAUUCGACCAUAUGGUGAUGAUUCAAUGAGAUUAGAUAAUCUUCUUGGAAAACGAGCGGAAGAAGGAAUUCGUGUUUAUGUUAUGGUUUUCAAAGAUAUUGUUCAAGUUGUUGGUUUAAAUAGUUUACAUACAAAAGCAAAAUUAAUUUCAAAAAGUCCAAAUAAAAAAAAUAUUAAAGUUAUUCGUCAUCCUGAUCAUCGCGUUUUACCAGGAACUGAAUCUUCGUUUCUUUAUUCACAUCAUGAAAAAACUCUCAUUAUUGAUCAAAAAGUCGCGUUUAUUGGAGGAAUUGAUCUUUGUUGGGGAAGGUGGGACACGGAUGCUCAUAGAUUAAUCGAUUUAAGUGAUGAAAAUAUUACCGAAUUGAAACUUCCAAGUGAAAUUGCUGAACAACCAGAAAUCGAAGAGAAACAACAGGAAUCCGCUGUUGAUACAACUGAAAAAAUGGCUGAAAAUGCAAUAAAUACAAAAAUCGAUGAUUCAACAACACCAUUAAUCAAAACAAAUGAAAAAGAAUCUUCAUUAAAAUCAAAUGGAACAAAUUCAGUGAAACCAAAAGUGACUGAUUUUAAAAGUGAAUUAAACAAAAAUGAACGGAAAAUAUUGGCUGAAGAAAAAGCUGCACAGGAAGGAGAAGUUCCACAUGAGAAAAAAUGGAAGAAAAUCUUCAAACGUCAUCGAAAAGCGUACGAUGAUGAUUCAUCGAAUGAAGAAGAAGAAAUGGAAGAAGAAGAAAUACCAAAAAGUGAACCGGGAGAUGAGAAACCAAAAACAAUCGUUGGUGUAACACCAGUUGUGGAUGAUAAAUGUCGAUUUUUUCUUGGAAAAGAUUAUUCAAAUUCAUACGAAAAAGAUUUCGAAUUUAUCGAAAAAUUCGAUGAAGAUUAUAUCGAUCGAAAAGUUUCUCCUCGAAUGCCAUGGCAUGACGAAGCUUUAGUUGUCUCUGGAGAAGCGGCACGUGAUUGUGCUAGACAUUUCAUUCAACGAUGGAAUGUUCACAAAGCGGAUAAAUAUCGUUUUAUUGAAUCUUAUCCAUAUCUUGUUCCAAAAAGUUAUUCAGAUGAAGAAUUAUUUGAUCAUUCGGUGCUUAAUUCAAUUCUUAGAGAAGAUCGUCCAGCAAUUUGUGUUGAUGCUCAAUGUGUUCGUUCAGUUUCAUUUUGGUCAUGUGGAACACAAACAGUUGAACAUUCAAUUCAAAAUGCGUAUAUUCAUAUGAUUGAUAGUGCUCAACAUUUUAUUUAUAUUGAAAAUCAAUUUUUUAUCUCAAUUGCUCAAGAUGCAACAAUUAAAAAUGGAAUUGGUGAUGCACUUUAUCGUCGAAUUGUUCGUGCAUGUAUCAAUAAAGAAAAAUUUCGAGUUUAUGUUAUCAUCCCUCUAUUACCUGGAUUUUCUAAUGUCAAUGCAGUUCAAGCUGUUCUAUAUUUUAUUAUGAGAUCGAUUAAUAAAGGUGAAACAUCACUUUUCGAACGAUUAAAACAAAGUGGAGUUAUUGAUCCUGAAGAAUAUAUUUCAUUUUAUGGAAUGAGAAAUUGGGAUAUUCUUAUGGGUUCAUUAGUAACAGAAAUAAUUUAUGUUCAUUCAAAAUUGAUGAUUGUUGAUGAUCGAAUGUGUAUUUGUGGAUCAGCAAAUAUCAAUGAUCGAUCUCUUCAAGGUUCUCGUGAUUCGGAAUUUUGUUUAGUUGUUAAUGAUAUUGAAAUGAUUGAUUCAACUUUAAAUGGUCAAACACAAAAAGUCGGAAAAUUCUGUUCAACAUGGAGAAAGAAAUUAUUUAGACAAAUUUUAGGAAUUAAAAAUGAAACUGAUUUGAAUGUGGAUGAUCCAUGUUCAGAUGAAUUUUAUAAUUAUUUUCGUGAAACUGCACGAAAUAAUGCUCAAAUUUAUGAAGAAGUAUUCAAUACUUUACCAACAAAUCAUAUUCGAUUAUUUACUGAAGUUGAAAAAUAUACUCAAAGACCAAAAUUAAAACAAACAGAUCCUUUAGCUGCUCAUGAGAAAUGUAAACAAAUCAAAGGUUUUCUUGUUGAAUUUCCUUUACAAUUCUUAGCUGAUGAUGUUCUCAUGCCAAAAUGGAACACUUCAGAAGGUAUGGCUCCAAUCUUAUUGUGGACAUAA